GGAUAGCAAAGGUAGUGUCCUCUAUCGCGAAGGAGUCACUGCGGCUGAACCGAAAGGAACAAGCUGGACUGUUAUCGAUAAACUCCCGCUCGAAAACGAUGCCGCCGUUCAAAUAGACGUUAGCGAAAAGAGUGGAAUAUGCGUGGUCACCAAAAACCAUCUUAUAUUGUGUCGCGGAAGCGUGAACACUUUGAAUCCAAAGGGAUUUGGUUGGCAGAAAAUGAUUGGAAAAUUGAAGUCUCUCUCGUGCGGUGGGCUAGGUUGCUGGGGUAUUGGUCAGAAUGGUGCCAGAGUUUGGUUCCGCACCAGCCUUGUCGGAGAUUCUAGGUGGGAAAUGAUCAAGGAGGCCGUGUUGACCACCGUCAGAGCGGGUGGAGAUGGUAGCGUUUGGGGUAUCAAUGCGAAUGGUUACCUCUUCGAAAGACAGGGCGUGUCCGUAACGUUGCCGCAAGGAAAGAGCUGGGUUCGAGUGGCCUUGAGCAAACAGUUUCAAGACAUUUCGAUUGCUGAGGGCGUUCUCUUUGCUGUAUCCACGACCGGAGCGGUUUACGAGUCUUCACCUGUGACCACUGGCCGUUUGCCUGCGAUAAGUACAACUACAACGACAACCACUGGACCAACCAUCAUUGGAGGUCCUGGGUCUCUGCCCAUCAACAACAAUCAGAAAUCGGUGGACACUGCAAUCAACAAUGCUGUUGCUACGGUCACAAUUACUGCGUCAGACUACGAAUCCCUUAUCGACGAAAACGAGGAAAAAUUCGACGGCACACGUUUUAUAAAGUACACAAAGAGCAGUGUAAGCUUCCUAUCGAGCGAUUUUUCUCUCGCCGUCCUGUUUAAAACGACCACAGCGGGAACCCUGAUCUCGAAAACUAGUGUCACGUGGACCGCGGGGAAUAUUGCGUUCAUGAUCAGCGUCACUGGAACGGUCAGUUUUCAGAUCAACGGCGUCGGAGCCGUCACUGGAACGACAAAAAUCAAUGAUGGAGCAUGGCACGAAGCCGCCAUUGUGUUCUCAUUUAAAGAGAAAUCCUACAAGCUGUUCGUUGACGCCAAAAUGGAGGCCCAGCAAGUGAUCGCAGGCCCAAUCCCAUCGGAUCGUUCAGUGAAAACGAUAUACAUAGGGAAUACUCCAGGUUUUCAACCGCAGACAGCGGCUUUCUUCAACGGUUAUAUGAAAGAAAUGCGCUACUAUCGUUCCACAUACUACAUUCUGUUCGCGGCAAAGGGUGGAAUACUUGGCGAGAUAGCUCGUACCAAAGUUUCAGUAACUCCUCCGUCAGCCACGGUUAUCAAGCCAGUUGUUCAACCAGUUGCUCCUAUACCAACUACACAGCUUACCUUUGUCACUACACAGCGAUCAGCCCGUCUUGACCUUGCUUUCCUUGUGGAUGGUUCAAGCAGUGUUGGUCAGCAAAAUUUCAUCCAAUUCCUGAGUGUCGUUAAAGGAACAUACCACGCUUUUCCUGUCAGUGAAGAGGAGAUCCGAAUCGCACUUAUUGUCAUCUCCAACGCCGGAAAAGUCGUCUUCAAUUUCGACAAAGACUCGGAAAUGACCGAAAUCGACAAAAAUGUCGAUUACGUGACCUUCCCAGGCGGAAGUCGUAACGUCGGGAACGCGUUAUCCGUCACCAUACGAAACGUCUUGGCGACUACCGGAAGACGCGGCAUGGUUCCUCAGAUUCUCGUAUCGAUUUUGGCGGGAAAAUCAAGUGAUGACGUCAAGGCCAUGGCAACGGAGCUUCACCGAGCCAAGGUUACGUCGAUUGCCGUCGGAGUUGGCUCGGUGAUUAACCAGGAUGAGCUGAGAUUGAUUGCGAGUGAUGGACAGAACGUGAUCGUAAACUCGGAUCUAUCGAAACUGGUCACGGUCAUUCCUGAUAUCGUGAGGAAAAUUAACGCAGCUUAUGGAUCAAGUAUCGGACUUAUUCCGGUCAUGGUUGAUGCCAACCUACCUCCUUCGACUGCCCAGACCGCAAAACCUGCCUUGCCUCAGAAACCUCUGGAAAAUCGCCUGCCACUUUUGUGUAAGACGAAAGUGGACCUCGCCUUCCUGGUCGAUGGCUCGGCUAGCGCGGAAUACAACAGCCGUGGUGGAUUUCGCCGAAAUCUUGGCCUGGUCAAACAGUUUGCACGAGAGUUCAUCGUGUCUCCAAACGAUGCGCGCUUCGGAUUGGUCGUGUUUGCGUCGGAAGCUAGCGUCGAGUUCACCUUCGAGUCGCACAAUACCCGCGAUAGUCUCAUUGCUGAUAUCAACAAGAUCAAAUUCCCCGGCACUGCUACCUACCUUGGCGGUGGGCUGACUAUGGCAAAUGAUGAUCUGUUCCCCAAAGCUCGCGCAGACGCGAAAAAGAUACUCGUAGUUCUUACAGAUGCUCUUAGUCACGAUGAUAUCGAGACACCAUCUCGAGCAAUCAAAAAACGCGGAGUUGAGGUAUUCACGGUCGGUGUGGGGAUACGACAGGAUGAUAGGAUACUCAAGGAGAUGGCCUCCGAGCCGAAAGCUAAGCAUUUCUUCUCAACACCACAUCCAGCCAGAUUAACUGACGUCUUACACGCGAUAAAGGAGAAGUUUUGUUUCGAAUAUGUGGUCGGGCCAAGUCCUGGACCGGGUCCAGCGCCAAUCCCUGUGAAGCCUAUACCUGGUGGACCAGUGUUGCAAAUUGAUAUUGGAUUCCUUAUCGAUGGAUCGACCCGCGUCACAAGCCUCAACUUCAAGUAUAUCUUGGAAUACGUGAAGAUGAUCGUUCAUGCUUUUCCCGUCUCCAAAGAAGGUAUUCAUGUUGGAUUGGGCGUCAUUUCAAGCAAAGGAAACGUCAUUUUCGGUUUCAACAAGUACACUGACUCCUUAUCAAUGGACCCGGCCAUCGACGCCACAGUCUACCCAGGCGGUAACUCGGCCGUCGGUGAAUCUAUGGCGAAAAUCAAGGACGAUUUAUACGUGACGAGUUCGAGAUCAGGGGCGAUCAAGAUUCUCAUCGUCAUUCUCGGCGGGAAAUCGUCUGAUGACGUCACCAUACCAAGUCAGGAUCUCAAGACCGCUGGAAUCAACCGCGUGUUCGUGAUCGCAAUCACAAGUGAUACCGACAAAACGGUCUACACUCCCCCAGCUGCGGUCCCAAAUGAUGUAAUCAUAAUUGGCACAUAUGUUACUAUCAAGAUUACAGCACAAAUACUGGUGGAUCGCAUAAAUACCGUUGUUGGAAAGAAUAUUGGUGUUUUGCCCGGCGUUCCUGGUACCCCUGGAGUCCCUGGUGGGCCUGGUGGAAGAGCAACAGCCGCCAUUGAUCUUGGUUUCAUCAUCGACGGCUCCGAUACCAUGGGCGAAGGCAACUUCAAACGUGCGUUGCAGUUUGCUCGAGAUAUCGUCAACGCGUUCCCCGUUUCCCUCGAGGGUGUCCACGUGGGCCUGGUCGUGGUGUCAAAUGAUGCGAUGUUAAUAUUCCACUUCAGUCUUUACAACUCGAAGUCCGUUGUUGGCGCAGUUAUGCUACAAACUCCGUACAGAGGUGGUAGUUCAGCCACAGGCGCUGCGAUCAGUAAAGCAAAGACAACACUCUUCGAUGCUUCAAAACGGGAGGCGGUUAAGGUGUUGGUUUUAAUUCUUGGCUCAAGUUCGUCCGACGAUGUCCGUGUUCCUAGUGAUACCAUCAAAGGUAGUGGUGUGAAAACCAUCGCAGUUGGUACGGAUAGUACUGUUCCCGUCGAUCAACUGAACAUCAUCGCUAUUGGAGGCGAUGCUGUCAUAACUACAACCACCAUUGUCAAGAUUAAUACCAUUCUACAGCCUGUUAUUGAUAAAAUCAACGAUGUGAUUGGACAGCCUAUCGGUGUUGGCCCCACUGGCCCACCGUCGCCUCCAACCCCACCUGUUUCAGAGGAGCAUCUCUACACUGUGACGGUGUACACAGGCUCCGUGAGAGGAGCGGGCACUAAGUCAAAUGUUUAUCUUACCAUAUAUGGUAAGAAGGGAAGCACCAAUGAAGUUAAUCUGAAGAAAGGAGGAAAGAAACUGUUUGAGAAGGGACAAACUGAGGAAUUCAAAUUGGAAUCCUUGAACCUUGGGCAGUUGAUCAAAAUCCGCAUUCGUCACGAUAAUUUGGAUGGCGAUGGUUGGUUUUUGGAGAAGAUAACCGUGAAAGACGAAAAGACUGGUGCAUUUUACAUAUUCACCGCUGGACGAUGGCUGGACAGCAAACAGGAAGACAAGAAAAUCGAUAUAUUCAUUCUUGUGGAUAAAUCAUUGGUUCCUGGAGGCCCAGGUGGUGAAAAAAAGGCUGCUGAUAUUGGCAUCAUCUUGGAUGGAUCGAAAGGUUUCCGGGAAGUUAACUUUAGGCGACAGUUGGAGCUUGUCAAGCUCAUCGUUCAAUCGUUCAGAGUCUCUUCAGAAGAAGUACACUUUGGCAUCGUCGUUACGGCAUUGAAACCGGAGGUUGUGAUUCAAUUAGACCAGUACACUGACUCGACAACCCUCCAGGCAGCCGUGGAUAAAAUCUCAUACCCAGCAGGAAGGCGAAAUACUGGUGCUGCCAUCAAAUUGGCGCAGACCGAGCUCUUCGCAAAAGCCCGCGAUGGCGUCCCCAGGGUCUUAAUCGUGUUCGUCGGCGGACGAAUGAAGGACGCAACGCUAGAGACUGCUGAGACGGUUAAGAAAACAGGCACCAAACUGGUUGUAAUAGGAAUAAGCAAAAAAGUCGAUCCCGUUGUUAAGGAAUUGAAGUCGAUUGCGUCCAUGCCUAAUUUUGUUAUCAUUCAACAAUAUCAAAUUUACAUCACGGCAAUUAUUGCUCCUUUGGUCGACAAGAUAAACGAAGCUAUUGGCUACCCAUUAGGACGGCCACCAAAUCCACUUGUUGGACCCGACGGCGCACCAAUUGUUCCAUUUGAUUUGGGCUUCUUGGUUGAUGGAUCAAGGUUUGUCGGAAAGCAUCGUUUUAAUCUGCUUAUGCAGUUUGUAAAAUAUAUUUACAAACCUUUUGCUGUAUCGCGAAAUGGCGUUCACGUUGGUUUGGUUGUAUUCACCGAUACUGGAAAACUCCAGAUUGGCUUGAAGGACCAUUUUAGCCAAGUCGCACUCGAUAAAGCUGUUAAUGAAGUUUCAUACCCAAGAGGAAGGGGGCAUUCACUUGGACAAGCUGUCAUUGACACGAAGAGAGUCCUCUUCGACGCAGGUGGUAGGAAAAAUGCACGAAAGGCUUUGGUAACUAUCAUUGUAGGAAAAUCUGAUGAUGAUCUUGUUUCGGGCGCUACAGCGCUGAAGACAGACGGAAUCACAUCGGUUGUAGUUGGAAUAGCUACGAAUAAUAAAAACCAGAUAGAGACUUUGGCAAGCUCGGCCAAACAUUACUACAUCGAUCUGAGAUAUCGCUUCUUGGCUGCUACUAUUGAUGGAGUCAUUGAAAAGAUCGGUGCACCGAUUCCUCUAGCACCAGAGCCAGGAAGUCCAGGAACAGGGGGAACAGGAGAGCCAGGAGGACCUGGUGGUCCAGGUGGCCCUGGCGGACCAGGUGGACCCGGUGGACCUGGAGGACCGGGCGGACCAGGUGUGCCAGGCACACCAGGUACCCCAGGACAUCCAGGUAAACCUGGAACUCCUGGCUCACCCGGAGGGCCGGGUGGACCUGGCGGUCCUGGGCAGCCUGGAGGCAUGGGCGGGCCAGGGGGUCCUGGUGGUCCUGGUGGUCCAGGUGGUCCUGGAGGACCAUGUGGACCUGGUGGACCAGGGGGGCCAGGUGGUCCAGUUGGACCUUUAUGUUCUCCUGGAACUCCAGGUGGUCCUUCUGGUCCAGGUGGGCCUGGAGGACCUGGUGGACCUGGUGGUCCAGGUGGUCCAGGAGGUACUAAUGGACCUACAGCACCGGGGGGACCCGGAGAGCCAGGUGGACCAUUUGGACCUGGAGGCACUGGCGGUCCUGGUGGUCCAGGUGGUCCAGGAGGACCUGGAGGACCUGGAGGUCCGGGUAUGUCUGGUGGUCCUGGAGGACCUAAUGGACCAGGUGGACCUGGAGGGCCAGGUGGACCUGGUGGACCCACUGUUCCAAGUGGACCUGGGCAACCAGGAAAUCCUGGUGGACCAGGUGGUCCUGGUGGUCCUGGAGGCCCUGGUGGACAGGGUGGCCCAAAUGGACCGGCUGGUCCUGGUGGUCCCAAUGCCAAUAUUCCGGGAACGCCAGUACAACCACCUAAUACAGGAGGCCCAGGUCAACCGGGGGGCCCUGGUGGCCCUGGAGGCCCAGGAGGGCCUGGUGGGCCAGGUGGACCUGGAGGUCCAGGGGGACCUGGUGGAGCUGGAGGUCCAACCCAACCGAGUAAACCAGGUAUACCAACAAACCCACCUGGUUCUCCAGGGGGUCCAGGGGGUCCAAAUGGUCCAGGAGGUCCAGGUGGUCCUGGAGGACCCGGAAUGCCAGGCGGGCCAGGUGGUCCAGGCGGCCCAGGUGGCCCUGGUGGUCCAGGUGGCCCUGGUUCACCUGGUGGAAAAGUGCCAGGAAGUCCUGGUCAACCAGGUGGUCCAGGAGGCCCAGGUGGACCAUCUGGACCUGGGGGACCAGGUGGGCUUGGUGGGCCUGGAGGACCAGGAGGUCCUGGUGGCCCUGGAGGGCCUGCAGUGCCAGGUAACCCAGGUGAUCCCGGUAGUCCUCAAGGACCAGGUGGACCAAGUGGUCCUGGGGGACCAGGAGGACCUGGUGGUCCUGCAGGACCUGAAGGACCUCUUAUGCCAGGAGGACCUGGAGGUCCAAAUGGUCCUGGUGGUCCAAAAGGACCUGGUGGGCCAGGUGGGCCUAAAACACCUGCUGUUCCUGGAAACCCUGGGCAACCAGGUGGUCCCGGAGGACCUGGUGGUCCUGGCGGACCUGGUGGACAAGGUGGACCUGGUGGACCAGGAGGCCCAACACCACCAGGGGGACCUGGAGAACCUGGUGGUCCUCUUGGUCCUGGUGGUCCAGGAGGACCUGGAGGUGCUGGUGGACCAGGCGGUCCUGGAGGACCUGGGGGACCAGGUGAUCCAGGAAAACCGGCAGUACCCGGAGCACCUGGAGGUCCGGGAAAACCUGGAAAACCAUCUGUACCAGCACAACCAGGACAACCUGGACAACCUGGUGGUAUUUUCGGUCCAGGUGGACCAGAAGGUCCUGGAGGACCAGGUGCUCCAGGUGGGCCAGGCAAACCCGGAGGAAUUGGAGGACCAGGUGGACCUGGUGGACCUGGAGGUCCUGGUGGACCUGGGGGACCUGGUGGUCCUGGUCAACCUGGUGGCCAAAAUGGCCCAACCCCUCCUGGAGGACCAGGUCAACCUGGUGGUCCUGGAGGACCUGGGGGACCUAGUGGUCCUGGAGGGCCAGGAGGACAAGGUGGGCCAGGAGGACCUGGUGGGCCAGGUGGACCUGGUGGUCCGGCUAUACAUCCAGGAAAGCCAAAGGAAGGAGAACCAGGAGGACCAAGUGGUCCUGGAGGACCUGGAGGACCAGGUGGUCCAAAUGGCCCAGGGGGACCUAAGGGCCCUCAAGGACCUUUGCAACCAGGUGGGCCUGGUGGACCGAAUGGCCCAGGAGGCCCUGGUGGUCCUGGAGGACCUGGUGGACCUGGUGUUCCAAGUACCACUGGAAAUCCUGGUAAUCCAGGUGGACCAGGAGGGCCUGGUGGUCCUGGUGGACCAGGUGGGAUUGGGGGACCUGGUGGUCCUAGUGGGCCAACUGUCCCUGAAGGCCCUGGACAACCUGGAAAUCCUCAAGGACCUGGAGGCCCUGGUGGGCCUGGUGGACCCGGUGGUCCAGGGGGUCUAGGAGGACCGGGAUCACCUGGAGGGCCAGGUGGCCCUGUUGUCCCUGGACAAGAAAAACCAACUACUCCAGGCACCCCUGGAAAACCUGGGCAACCUGGUGGUCCUCAAGGCCCUGGUGGACCUGGAGGACCAGGGGGGCCAGGUGGUCCUGGAGGUCCUGGAGGUCCUGGAGGACCUGGACAGUCUGGAAAACCAGGUCGACCUGGAACUCCUGGUGGACCAUUAGGACCUGGUGGUCCCGGAGGUCCUGGAGGUUUUGGAGGACCGGGUGGUCCUGGAGGUCCAGGGGGAAAGACUCCUCCUGGAGGACCUGGUCAGCCUGGAGGUCCGAAAGGUCCAGGAGGUCCUGGAGGGCCAGGGGGUCCAAAUGGACCAGGUGGUCCAGGUGGGCCUGAAGGCCCCUUGUCACCUGGUGGCCCAGGUGGCCCUAAUGGCCCUGGAGGUCCAGGUGGUCCUGGUGGACCAAAUGGUCCAACUCCACCUGGUGGUCCAGGUGAGCCAGGUGGCCCAUUAGGUCCUGGUGGACCACAGGGUCCUGGUGGCCCUGGUGGUCCGGGAGGUCCUGGUGGACCUGGUGGACCUGGAGGCCCUGGUGGACCUGCUGUUCCUAGUGCUCCUGGAAAGCCAGGAAAUCCUGGGGGUCCUGGAGGACCUAAUGGACCAGGUGGACCAGGAGGGCCUAGUGGUACAGGUGGUCCUGGUGGACCAGGUGGACCUGGUGGACCUGGAGGACCAGGAGGACCCUUUGGCCCUGGUGGUCCUGGUGGCACAGGGGGCCCUGGAAGCCCUGGGGGCCCUGGAGGACCAAAUGGUCCUGGAGGCCCUGGUGGGCCAGGUGGGCCUAAUGGCCCAUCUUUACCUAGUAGUCCUGGACAACCUGGUAGCCCAGGCGGACCUGGAGGCCCUACUGGUCCUGGUGGACCUGGUGGGCCUGGUGGACCUGGUGGACCAGGUGGGCCUGGAGGUCCAGGUGGACCUUCUGUUCCUGGAACACCUGGACAGCCUGGUAAACCUGGUGGCCCAGGUGGACCAAAUGGGCCUGGUGGACCUGGGGGACCUGGGGGACCAGGUGGACCUGGUGGACCAGGAAGUCCUGGUGGGCCUGGUGGACCUAAAGGUCCAGGAGGUCCGGGUGGACCUGGAGGUGAUAAUGGCCCUGCUGUUCCCAGUGGACCUGGACUGCCUGGAAAUCCUGGGGGACCCGGUGGACCUGGUGGACCUGGUGGACCUGGCGGACCUGGUGGGACUGGUGGCCCUGGUGGGCCAAGUGCACCUAAGGGACCUGGAAAUCCUGGAGGUCCAAAUGGCCCUGGUGGACCAAAUGGGCCAGGUGGUCCUGGUGGUGUUGGAGGACCUGGUGGACCUGGUGGCCCAGGAGGGCCAGGUGGUCCUGGUGGACCUGGUGGACCUGGUGGUAAAGGAGGCCCUGGCACACCUGGUGGCCCAGGAGGACCUAAUGGACCAGGUGGGCCUGGUGGACCUGGAGGUCCAAAUGGACCAUCAAUACCUGGAGGGCCAGGUAAACCUGGAAGUCCUGGGGGACCAGGAGGUCCUGGUGGGCCUGGUGGGCCUGGAGGGCCAGGAGGGCCGGGAGGACCAGGAGGAAAAACCCCACCUGGUGGUCCAGGAGAACCUGGUGGUCCAAGUGGUCCUGGGGGGCCAGGUGGACCAGGUGGACCUGGUGGACCUAGUGGACCUGGGGGGCCAGGUGGCCCAGGAGGACCAGGAAAACCAGGUGGGCCUGGUGGGCCUGGUGGGCCUGGGGGACCUGGGGGACCUGGUGGUCCCCAAGGUCCUGGUGGACCUGGUGGCCCAUCUCCACCAGGUGGUCCUGGCGAACCUGGAGGUCCGCUUGGUCCAGGUGGUCCUGGAGGUCCUGGUGGACCUGGGGGGCCAGGUGGACCUGGUGGACCUGGUGGUACAACACCUCCAGGUGGUCCAGGGAAACCUGGUGGCCCAGGUGGACCUGGUGGACCAAAAGGACCAGGUGGCCCUGGAGGACCUGGUGGGCCUGGUGGACCGCAAGGGCCACUAAGUCCCAGGUGGUCCUGGGGGGCCAAAUGGCCCUGGGGGCCCAAAUGGACCUGGUGGGCCAAAUGGACCAAAAGUACCCAGUGGUCCUGGGGAGCCUGGUAGCCCUGGUGGACCUGGAGGUCCAGGUGGAUCUGGUGGGCCUGGUGGGCCAGGUGGGCCGGGUGGGCCUGGAAGUAAGACACCACCCGGAGGACCUGGGAAACCUGGAGGUCCAAAUGGACCAGGCGGCCCUGGAGGACCUGGUGGUGCAGGUGGACCUGGUGGUCCUGGAGGCCCUGGAGGUCUUGGUGGACCUG